CAACGCUAUUUUUGUUGAUGCUUUAUUUUUGCCAUGUCAAAGAAUAAGAAGUCCAAAGCUAAUCCCGACACAGUCAACUGGGAUGAAGGCUUGAUUAAAGAGCAGCUAAAAGAUGACAAGUGGCAGCCAUUUGUUAUUUACCUUGUUCCUGGAGAUGCCUCUUCUCAUAAAGCAGUUGAUUCACUGAUAUCAGCAAUAGACACAAAAACCCGCAGGUUAUUUUCUUCAUUUAAUAAAGACAAAAUUCUUUCUAUAGCCAAAGAUGAUGCGAAACUUGCAUCAGCUGGUGCCAGUGGUGGUGGAGGGAGGAAAAGUAAGCAAGCUAGUGCUCCUACUCCCAAACCAUUGUUUGUAGAGGUUUGCCAAAGUGUUGUUACUUCAUUAUCAAGUGGUGAUAUCCCUGCUUCAUUGGUUGCUCGUCUCAUAAAAUAUAUUGUUAUUAAAAGCAGAACAUCUGAUCUGAUAGCCAAAGAGGCACCACAAAAGGUAGGCACAUGCUACUCUAGUGCAAAGGCUAAAGGUGGAGCAGUUGCAGGUAGAGCUUCUAAAAAAGGAAAGGUCACGCCUGCUAAUGAAGCCGACAAGUUUCCAAUGCCUGAGAAAUGCUCAACUGAUAUGAAGAAGAGAGGAGAAGAUGCAGAGUCUCAAUAUAUUGACGAUGAACCUGACCCUGGUCCAAAUUCAUACAUUGUCAUAACUGGUUAUAAUGACACAGAAGUUUUAUCUCAUUUGACACAAAUUGGCGUAGCAGUUGAUGUUCUCAUUAAAUUUAAAUGCACUUUAUCCUCUGAUCAUACGGAUAUAGAAACUGAUGACAAUGAAAAUUUAAAAAUUGAAGUUGCGAAGUUUUGGAGUAGUUUGGAGGAAACUAUCUCCUCAUCUGCUGCUAGUUCUAGCUUAAGAGACAUAGCCAUACUGGAAAUGAACUGUAAAUGUGAAGCUGAAAUUGAUGAGAAGGAUUUUGGAGCGAAAAUCUUUUCCCAACUUGCUAUGGAAGCUUAUAGUAUUAUAAAUUAUCAAAGGCAAUACAGCUAUUACUUGCAGUAUCUUGAUAUGAAGAGUGUUCCAUUCAGUUCAGUGAGUAGUCAAAGUGAAUUAUCUGAUGCAUCUUCCUGUAUACCUGAAGGAGAAAAACUGAAGCAAAUUGACAUGAGAUACUACAAGGAGCAAAUUGAAAAAAUUCCUCCCGAGGUUUUGAAUCCUUCAGCUAUACUAAGCUGCAUGCUUGAUCAAGUUGAGUUGUCAUUGUCUAACAGUGAUGUAGCUCCUUUGGAUAUGAACAUGUUUCACCCAGAAACUCUUACUAAUUUUAAUGACAUUUUGAAAUCACUGCCAUCUCUUGAAAAUAAUGAGGAAGUACAUGCAUGUGGUUCUGUUGAAGUUAUUCACGAGAAAGAUCAUGACCAACUUGCUUUUAUUUGUUCUGCCAAGAAAUUUCAAUUAAAACAUCAUCCAUCACUUCUUAAUCUCUUCACUCCUCCGGUGUUGUCACCAUCAUUGAAUUUGACCCUCCAGAAACAGUUUCAAGCUUUGAAGCAGUGCCUCUCAGCCAUUCCUUCAUUCCAAGUUGAUUCUUUUAUUCACAUGUGUCUAGCGAUUCUCUCAAUGGAGCAUGUAGCACCACCUAACACUGCAAAAGAAGUUCCUGUUAAUCUGCUGGCAACCAACACCAGUCUUGUUUUUGAUUUUCCUUUUGACAUCCUAUUGGAGCAAAAGGAGCUUAAUGGAGCUUCUUUAUCUGGUACUGAAGAUUCAUCUUCUUUCACUUCAUCACCUCUAAAGCAGUUCUUCGACUUGUCUAAUUACAAAGUAGUUGAACCACUUUCUAAAGAUGUAAUUUUACAAGUCAUUGAAAAGCAUUGGAAGACCCAUCCAUAUUUGCAGAUUUAUCAUCAGAAAAUAACAAAUUCCUUAGUUGUAGCAAUGCAUUCUGGGUAUAGCAGAGAAGUGAGUAAAUCGAAUUGGCAGAGACAUGUCCAUUCUAAAGUGGGAUUUAGUAAUUUUCUUUCUUACAUAGCUAAUAGAGUAGGAGAUAUUGUAGAAGCUGCUGCUAAGGAAGAUGCAAGAAUAAAAAAUGAAGCUGAAGAAACAUUGCAGGAACACGAAGCAUCUUUUAAGGAAAAGCAAGAAGCAUCUGUUGGAACCCCUUUACCUGAGUCUAAAGCUUCAUCGGCCAAAAGUGGCAGCAAGAAAAGUAAUAAUUCAUCAGCUAAAACAAAACCAAAUAGCACAGUUGUUGUGGAUAGUAAUCCUGAAAAAAUCCCUUCACCAUCCUUUGAAGAAAGAAAGCUUUUCACGGGCUAUGAUGUUGGUGAUCAAGUAUUGCUGUGCAAUGGUAGCCAUGCUAGUGGAUUUACAAUGGAUGGAGUCAAGAUUACAAGUGAACACAUUCAGUUCACUCACAAGCCUGCCUCUCUUAUAGUUUCAAUGAUACACAAUGAUGUAAGCCUCUCUGCUAGUUUUUCUAUCAACUCUGAAAUUACCACUGUAGCACCCGUAGCCAGCAGUCAAAACCCGAAUAGUGAUGCAUUAAUUGAUGAAAGCAGUGUUCAAUCCAAUUUAAUGAAUUGCAAUCCUAUUACUCAGCCACCAGCCUCAAUAUUGUUUGGUGCCUUUAAAGGUCAAUGUGGCAAAAAUCUCAAAUUUACGUUUAGUCAGUAUGGUUCAAAUGGCAAUGGCGUUUUACCAGCAUAUCCAAAAUCUGAAUCUGAGUUACGAAAGCUACAACAGAGUCAAGUACCAGACUCAGCCCAAUCAUCACGCCCUACUUCCCAAGACAAAAAAGCAUCAAAGAAGCAGCAAGAAGAGCAACAGCGACUAUUAGAGCAGCAGGCUUUAGAAAGCAAAAACAGAGAAAUAUUGAUGCAGAAAGUUCUUUCAGAAAAAAAGAUAUUGUAUUCGGGUAACAUGCAUCAAAAGUUAUGUGUUACUACUUCAAGUGAUCUCUGUAUCACAUUUUCAACUAUGGUACAUAACAUUCCUGAUGACAUUGAAUCAACAGUUGUUCGCCAAUAUUAUCCAACUAGUGUACCUCCUUCCUUAGCAUCAGAGGUAUCUCGUAUCUAUUUUGAUGAUGGUUGUGUCUUGAAAACCAUGGGUAAUGGCUGCCUUUCUAUUCUAUGUCAUGAUGGAAAAAUUUACAACAGUGUACCCAGUUCAAUAAAAGGUGUAACUAAGGAUACAAGCGAUUCUGGGAAUAGAGUGUCAUUUCAUAAUGUUCAGGAUGUUAUUGAUCUAGACUCUUGGUUGGUAACUUUUCCGGAUGGGAAGAGAGAAAUUGUCAAAGUGAAAAAACAUGAAGACAAAGGAGAAAAUGCUGAAGAUGAUUCAAUUCAGAACUCGCCUUCUGAUAGUUUUUGCAGGAAACUGGAAUCUCUACGUACAUAUGUUGUAAUUGAUCCAAAAACCAAAGAUGUGCUAAUGACAAGGGAAGAUAAUGUGUUGAUACUAAAGAAGUCAAGUGGUUGUGUUGUUGUAGAACAUGCUGAUGGUACAAGGAUCACUUCUACACCCACUUCUUUCACAUUUCAGCAUCCGUUCUUUGCAACUACGAGCUAUGAGGGCAUCAAUUGUAAGCUUGAUCUUCCUUCUUCAGAUAUCAUUAGUUAUUCAAAUGCAAAAUAUGUUAUUGAUAAUAAUCUCAAAAAGUAUUCCAUCACAAUUGAUAAUGAUGGGAAAGUUCAAUACAGUUUUGGUCAAUCUGUGUAUACCAUGUAUCACAAUGGUACUGACAAGAUUUUGUCAGCUACUGAUUCAACUGGAGUGUCAUAUGAUGUUGAUGGUUUUGGACAUAUUAGUAUAAAUGGAAAAGGCUCUGGAAGUACUCCUAAAGAGUUUCUUCCGCAUUUCUUUAUGAUUCAGGAUAAUGAUAGUGGGUAUGAAAUUCACAAUGCUUCAGUUGUUAAGGAUAUUGUUUGUAAUGCUCGUCAGGAGAGUGAAACUUUGGUAGUUGAAAAAGAGCUUACAGAAUGCCCAAAUUGCUGUUCUACUCUACUAUUGUCAACAUUUUCAAAUAUGGAACAACACUUUUCCGAAGCUGAAAGUGUGAUCCCAGAUGCUUUUGUAGUGACGUUAUGUAGUGACAAUACGGAGGUAAAUGGACUUGCUGGUAAAAAAUUUGGUGUAAAUGUUGGCAAGUCAUUGGAUGUAGGCAAUAAGUCGAUGAAGAAGUCUUGUCCUAAGCAUAAGGAGCAUAGUGGUUAUAAGCAAAGGCAGUUUGUACACAGUAGUGACCCUGAUCUGUUCAAUGCAUUCAAGACACAGUUAUCUUUAUUUUUGAAGUGGAAACACGACAUAUCGACAAAAAAUGAAAGUGUUCUCCCAACUGUUCCUGAUAAACAACAAUCAUCAUUUGAUGCACUGCUCUCUCCUGAGACACUUAUGAAACACUACAGAAGUGUUUGGGAAGCUAGUUAUGCAGCUGUGGCAAUUGAAGAUGAAGAAAGGUCCAAUAUUUCUAUGUGCAAAUCGAAAGCGAAUAAUGGUGAAGAUACUCUUGAAUUAAAAAGAAAGAUUACAGGGAAACAUUUUUUGCCUUACUUUGAGUCAAGAUUUGGUUUAGAAUUUCUCCAGUUUGUUUUUGGAAAAAAUGAACAGUCAAGUAAUAUUAUUCUGAAGCACACAGAGAAUGCAUGUACAUCAGAAGUUUCUGACAUUGUGCCUACUCAUGCUGAAAGUAAAGUGCAUGUGGCAGCAAAAAUGAGUCAUCCGUCUAAUGUUAUGAAAAGAAGAGUUUCAUGUGGCUUUUGUAUUACUCCGGAGAAGAUAGACUUUGGAAUAGUGAAGGAAGGGCAUUGUUAUUCUGCUCAAUGUUCACUUAGAAAUAUGGGAAUUACUGCCAAUGGCUUUAAUAUAAGAUCUUUAGCUGCUUCAACUGGAAUAAAAGUGAUAUACACACCUAGCAUUGUGACUCCUGGAAUGGCUGUUAAUUUUACUGUUGAACUAUUAGCUGUUACAGAUAGAAUUUGCUAUGAAAAUAAAAAAUUGAUGUUCUAUCAAGAAUUGGAAAUUAAGACAGAUACAGGAAUGAUUUAUUUACCUAUCGAAGCUUGUAUUGUGUACACUGAAAAAUGAUUGUACAUGUAUACUAUGAUGGUUAAUGACUAAUGCAUACAUUACACAAACACUACCUGUACAUGUACAUGUAGAUGUAGAUGCACAUUAUUUUCAGUUUCAAAAUAAUUAUAUUAAACCUUACAUAGGUACUUAAAUAAAACUGCUUUUGUUAUGACCUACAGUCUUUAUGUCAGCACAAUUUUACAGCUUAUAAAUGCAUUUUUGCAAAACAUUUAUUGUAUCAACAA